UGUUUGAAAGCAUUUAUAAUGAAAGAACUUACAAUUGGGGAGAAGAUGAUAUCGUUGAGUAUUCUCAUGUAAUGGAUCCUAAGAAUAACUUUUUGCACGAGAAACAUCAAUUAGUUGUUUGUUGCAAGGCUACCGUAAAAUAUAACCGAACUGAAAUUCAAUCAUUGUCUGCUAUUGCCAACCAUCGCAAAAGUAAAUUCCAGUCAAAUCAAAAGUCACUUCUGGACAGUGGAGAAUUUAGUGACUUUACCGUCGUAAUUGGGUCAACUGAAAUUCCGGUUCACAAAAUCAUUUUAUCAGCUCAUUCACCGAUUUUCAAAGCUAUGUUUUCAAUGCACACAAAGGAAUCUCAAGAGAACAAAGUGGAUAUUUCCGAUGUUUCAGUUGAUGUUAUGAAAGACUUCCUGCAAUUUAUUUACACUGGUGUGGCACCUGAAGAUGACCGCUUAUCUUUAGAACUUUUGACUUUGGCUGACAAG